AUGGGAAAGGAAGGAGAUCUCUGGGAUGAUUCUGCUCUCAUCAACGCCUUCGACGAUGCUAUCUCUAAGUACAAGAAGAUGCAUAGCACAAGAGGGCAUAAUAGCUCAGUCGAGGGAGGAAAAGGCGUAAGCAGUAAAGAACAAAAUUUAUCCGAACUUGUUGAUGAAAACCAUGGAGCUAAAAGACACAUUCAGGCAAAUGAUAACUGCAAUGUUGCUUCAAAUACCACAAAAGAAAGGGAAGGGCCUACUACUCUUUCACCAACUGAAGAUGACCGGUGUGUCAAAUCACUUGCUCUUGAACCCCAUAUAGAUUCAUCAAAUGGUCAGCAGGCACAAGAUGUGCUAAAUGGGUACUCAGAUACACACUUUGAACUAGAUUAUAAUCAGUUACUGAACAAGUAUUAUGAACUCGAGGAGCAGAGGCAAAAUAUUCUUCAGCAACUUAACCAGUUUGGUAGCUGGGAAUACCAGGGGUCUGGUUCUAGUGUGCAGUGUGGUACCACCUCCACUUAUCAAGAGCAACAAGUCGCUGCAGCUGGAGCUUCUUACCCACCCGUCGUUUGUUCUUAUUGCCCAUAUGGAUGUCAUAGUUUGGUGGCUCCGUGCACUUCAUUACAUGCUUGUUCGCUAAGUGGACCUUCUGUUGAGAAAACUUGUGCUGCUACUUCAGUAGUGGAUGUCAAUAGUAAGCCAUUCUCUCUUGAAGAUGCUGGUUAUGUUAAAAUGGCAAUGGGAGCUACUGAAAGAGCUCUUUCUUCCUUGAAAACAAAAGCUUCUGGCAAUGAUGAUGUGAAUACAAGCGAAGAGAAAGAGAAAGAGGUGGAUAUCAAUGUAGGUCAUUUGGCACAAAGUAGCAGCUCUGAAACGGAUCUUACUACAGUUUUAAAUGCUUGGUAUUUGGCAGGGUUCUAUACUGGCAAGUAA